CCUGCCUCCCUCGGCGCGGCGCUUCCCAUCGCAUCCGCCGGGUCGUGAAGCCAUCCAAGGAUGAGCAGCUGUAAGAGGCAGCUGUGUGCUGAGCAGCCAGCAAGCCUGGAGGGGUUCAGCCCCGAGGUGCUCUCUGACGUUGAGAAGCUCUUUGCCAAGAAGUUUACUUACCCCAAGCCAGCUGAUGAAGACUGGCAGCUGCCAGACCCCAGCGAGGCUUUCACCUCCCCUCACAAGGAGUUCCACUCCCUGCUGGCUCUGAAGGACUCCUUGAACCAUGUGAAGAAUCAGCUGAGCGAUAAGAACCUGGAGGAGUGGCACCAGCACACCUCCUUCACCAACAAGGCGGGCAAGGUGGUCCCCCAGGUGAGGAAGUCCGCCAACGCCGAGCUCUGCACCCAGGCCUGGUGCAAGUUCCACGAGAUCCUGGGCAGCUUCCCCCUGCUCCCCGAAGAAGCCCUGGAGGAGGGAGAGCUGAACUCCGUCCACCUCUGCGAGGCGCCUGGAGCUUUUGUCGCCAGCCUGAACCACUACCUGAAGUCCCACCAGGUUCCCUGCGCCUGGAACUGGGUGGCCACCUCCCUCAACCCUUACCACGAGGCCAACGACAGCCUGACGAUGAUCGCGGACGACCGGCUGAUCGCCAACACGCUGCCGCGCUGGUACUUCGGCCCCGACGACACCGGCGACGUGAUGAGCCCGGAGCACCUGGCGGGCCUGCAGAGCCUGGUGGGGAGCGCGGCCGCGGUGCACCUGGUGACCGCCGACGGCAGCUUCGACUGCCAGGGCAACCCGGGCGAGCAGGAGGCGCUGGUCUGCCCCCUGCACUACUGCGAGGCGGUCACGGCCCUGCUGCUGCUGGGCGCGGGGGGCUCCUUCGUGCUGAAGGUGUUCACCCUCUUCCAGCACUGCUCGGCCAACCUGCUCUUCCUGCUCAACUGCGCCUUCCAGGAGGUCCACGUCUUCAAGCCGGCCACCAGCAAGGCCGGCAACUCGGAGGCCUACGCGGUGUGCCUGCGCUACCUGGGCCGGGAGAGCGUCCACCCGCUGCUGGCGCGCAUGCGGCGGCGCUUCGGGGCGCGGAUGCUGGGCUCGGCCCUCUUCCCCCAGCACCUGCUGCCCCCGUCCUUCCUGCGGGCCCACGAGGAGUGCUGCGCCUUCUUCCAGCGGCGCCAGGCGGAGGCCAUCGGGGAGAACCUGCGGCUGUUCGAGCGCAUGGGGCGGGCGGAGCAGGCGCGGCUGGGCGCCGCCCGGGACUGCGCCGCCCGGCUCUUCCUGCGGCGCUUCCGCCUGAAGCCCAUCGCCAGGAGCCAGUGGCUGGUCGGGCAGCCCCAGGCCGGCUGCAGCACCAGCGCCAGGUGGUGCGGGCAGAGGAGCAAAGCUUUCAGCACCUACAACGAGAGGAAGCUGCUGGAAGCCCUGAGCUGGAGUGAGAAGGUGGCCAAGGGCUGCUUCAGCCGCUGGGCCGAGGAGCACAGCCUGAGUAACGCCGGCAAGCUGUGCCUCUUGGAGGGGCCGCCUUCGAACCCGGAGUGCAGCUUGUGGCACGUCCUGGAAGGCAGGAGGCUGCCGGUGGUGAAGUGCUCUCCCUUUUGUGACGGGCAGGUCCUGGGGCUCCUCAACGAAGCCCUGAGCGACCUGGUGGGGGCCGGGCCGAGCAGCGCCGCAGCGCCGCAGCCUUGUCCCUCCUGUGAGGUCCUCCCCGGGCCGCUGCUGCUGGCAGAAGUGUCUGACCUCGCCAGGAGCCGGCAGGAAGUCCCAGGUGAAAGCUGCCCCGGGCACUUCAAGUGCCUGGUGGUGGACUUCCCGUCCCUCUCUGGCAGCGAAGGCCAGGCCGGCAUGGAGGUGGAGCUGCUGGACUCGGGCACGCUGCCGGCCUUCGGCUUCUCCUUGCUGUACGACGGAGACCCCAGGUACCAGCGGCAGCUCUUGGGCUGCGUCCUGCGCUGCCUGGGCCAGCUGGCGGCGGGAGACGCCCUGGUGCUGCCCAUCCUCUCCUGCCUGACGCGCUUCACGGCGGGGCUGCUCUUCGUCCUGCACUGCGCCUUCCGGACCCUGGCCUUCGCCGGCCCCACCUGCCCCCGGCCGCUGCGCCCCGGCGCCGCCCUGCUCUGCGUGGGCUACAGGGGCCUGCCGCAGCCGGCUGUGCGGUACCUGCAGCGCCUGCAGGAGCUGGUGGGCUCCCUCCUGGACGCUGACUCUCCCCGCCAGGUCCUGCAGUUCGUGCCCAUGGAGGUUCUCCUCCAGGGCAAGCUGCUGGAGUUCCUGUGGGACCUGAACACGGCUGUCGCCAAGAGGCAGCUGCACCUGGCUGUGCAAGCCCAGCGGCAGGGCACGGGCAGAGGGGCACUUUAGGGUCACUCUGGGCUGGAGCCGAGCUUGCUUGGUUCCCAGGCAGGCAGAAGGUGUUCAGAACAUGAUUGAUGUGAAGGUAACAUUGGUGCAAACCCUUGCUGUGAUGCCUGGGAGGGUGGACAGCUGCAUCAUCCUAGCUUCUUGUGUUGGCCUGAGGCUUGGAUCUUGGGCAUGGGGGGCUCGGGAGGGACAGUGGAGCAGGGGGGACUCUUU